AUGCCACGUCGACCACCCCAAGAAGGCGGCGACCUUUGCGCCAUCUUCAUCCAUGCUGGAGCCGGGUAUCACAGUCACCAAAACGAAAGGGUUCAUCUCAAUGCCGUGAACGAUGCUGCCAAGGUGGGCAUGGCUAUAUUGAAGAACGGAGGAGAUGCCACUGAUGCUGUCGAAAUGGCCAUUCGAAUGCUCGAAGAUAAGGAGAUCACCAAUGCUGGCUACGGCAGCAAUUUGACAAUGGAUGGUCAUGUUGAAUGUGACGCCACUCUGGUUGAUCAUUAUGGCCGAAGUGGUGCAGUUGGUGCUAUUCGGCAGGUCAAAAAUCCCAUCGCGGUUGCACGUCUCGUCUUGGACGAAUCUACCAAGCCAAUGUCUCUACAACGUGUUCCACCCAUUCUUCUUGUUGGCAGUGGCGCAACUGACUAUGCCGCUGACAAGGGCAUCCCCAUCCUCCCUUUCGACUUUUUAAUCUCUCAAUCUGCCCAUGACCGUUGGAUCAGAUGGAGACAGGAUCUUGAGGACCAUCAACGUAACGAGGCACCGACUGACAACCCGGGACAUCUACGCGCAGUAAAUGCGUGGGUACAAUCAAGCUCGCUCCAUCACACACCAAACAUGAGCACGACACCAACAAUAACAACAACCCCGCCAACUCCAUCUGCUUCUGUGCAUCGUCCUAGUCUUGCUCGACUUCCAGCCCUUAGCCGUCCUCUGGUAGCAUCAACGGCAGAUGUACCGUCCUUGGUCAAUAGUGCGGAAGACAGAGUUGUUACACCCACUCAUGUACAGAGCACUUCAAUUGAGAACGCGUACAACGAAGAAGCAAUUGAUGACAAUAUGCAGUUCACGGCAUCUGCUCCAAAAAGACAAAAGUUGAGUGGAUCUUAUGAUGGCUCGCAUAAGGAUUACGUCUAUGGCGAUGGCGAUCAUGGAUCUGAUAAUGACGAAGAGCCGUUCGAGGGGUUUGAGGACGACCGGGAAGACUACAUCACCGACACAGUGGGAGCCAUUGCGAUAGAUUGCUUUGGACGGAUAGCCGCAGGCUCAUCUUCCGGGGGAAUUGGUAUGAAACACAAAGGCCGCUGUGGACCAGCAGCACUUGUCGGAAUUGGCACUGCAGUCAUACCGAUCGACCCACAGGAUCCAACCGAGACUUGUGUAGCCACCGUCACCAGCGGGACCGGGGAACACAUGGCAACCACUGCUGCUGCUGCUACAGCUGCAGAUCGAAUCUAUGCCUCAGUGAAGAAAGAGAAUGGUCGGCUGCUAGCCUGCCAUGAGGAUGAAGCGAUGCAUUCUGUCAUUCAGAACGAUUUUAUGAGGCACCCAGGAGUGAGCAAGAGCCAUUGCGCCGGUGCGAUUGGUAUUCUUGCAGUCAAAAAGUCUCGUGAAGGGAUCUACUUCUAUUUCGGACACAACACAGACUCGUUUGCCCUGGCAUCGAUGCACUCAGAGGAACGAAAACCUGUCUGUACAAUGUCACGGAGCAAAGGACAUGGUGCAAUCGCACAAGGCGGAAGAGUGUCUCGGGCCAAGCAUGCUCGUCCUCCGCGCUAG